AUGGCAUCCCGCCAGUGCCCUCCUGCUAUGUUCAACUCCAUGAAUCCUCCUAUGAACAGCUAUGUGGAGCAUUGCUACCUGAGGUCCCCCAAUGUGAUGGCUGAAGGCAUGAAUGAGAUGCCCUAUUGCCAUCAGAACAACCUCAUGACUAGCCACCAUAGCUUUGGACUGGCACAAACCAACGAGCACAUGGCUGGUGCAGACGGGUCUCGUUUUUCUACUCCUCGAAGUUCAAUGAAGCUAAGCAAGAAGAGAGCCAUGUCUAUAUCCCCUCUAUCAGAUGCCAGUAUCGAUCUUCAGACCAUGAUACGAACAUCUCCUAAUUCCCUGGUAGCAUUCAUCAACUCCAGAUGUUCCUCCGCCAAUGGUUCCUAUGGCCACUUAUCAAUCGGGACCAUAAGUCCCUCACUUGGGUAUCAGAAUUGCCUUAACCACCAGAGGCCUCAGGGCUCGUCUUAUGGAUCAAACAACCAUAUGUCUUACAACACACAUGAGCACUUAUCCAGCAGGGGAGUGGGUGCCCUUCAAUCACUUACCUCUAUCAAGCACUGCCAGAUGAAAUCUGAACCAUUAUCCAGCACAAGCUUAGAUGCUAUGAAUACCAAGAGACUGGAAGAUGGAUCAGAGGGGGAUAUAUCAAGUCCAGCUUCUGCUGGAACACAGGAUCCAUUGCUAGGGUUGCUGGAUGGCCGAGAUGACUUAGAGAAAGAAGAUGGGAAACAUGAACCAGAAACUGUGUAUGAGACCAACUGUCACUGGGAAAACUGUACUAAAGAGUUUGACACUCAGGAACAGCUUGUGCAUCACAUUAACAAUGAACACAUCCAUGGGGAGAAGAAAGAGUUUGUGUGUCACUGGCAGGACUGCUCCCGGGAACUCAGACCAUUCAAGGCCCAGUAUAUGCUUGUUGUCCACAUGAGAAGACACACUGGAGAAAAGCCCCACAAGUGUACAUUUGAGGGUUGUAACAAAGCAUACUCACGUCUAGAAAACCUGAAGACCCACCUGCGCUCCCACACAGGAGAGAAGCCAUAUGUGUGCGAACAUGAAGGCUGUAACAAGGCCUUCUCUAAUGCUUCUGACCGGGCCAAGCACCAAAAUCGCACUCAUUCCAACGAGAAACCAUAUGUGUGCAAGAUCCCAGGCUGCACCAAGAGGUAUACAGACCCCAGCUCUCUAAGGAAACAUGUAAAGACAGUGCAUGGUCCUGAGGCACACAUCACUAAGAAACACCGUGGGGAUGGCCUACCUAGGAGUAAUGGUACACAUGAGGGUACCGGACCUCAAGGAAUAAAGUGUGACAUCCAGCAGGACUUAGAACCAAACUCUACCCAGGGACGGAAGGAAGAGGGAAGACUAACUGUGCCAGAUAUGGCUUUGAAAUCUCAGGCCAGCCCUGGAGGACAGUCAUCUUGCAGCAGUGAAAGGUCUCCAUUGGGUAGCACGAACAACAAUGACAGUGGUGUAGAAAUGAAUGCCAAUGCUGGUGGCAGUUUUGAGGACUUGUCCACAUUAGAGGAUAUUCCUUCAGUAGAGUCUAUUGGAACUGCAGGAGCUUCUGCCCUCAGGAAGCUAGAAAACCUCAGAAUUGACAAGCUAAAUCAGAUGAGAAAAGCACCACCCUCAGGAAAGUCUUUAAAACUACCCACCAUCCACAAUACAGCUUCUCAGGGAGAAGUGCAAGGAAUGUGCAGUCCACUUGGCAUGCCCCACAGCAAUCACCUAAUGGAAUUGUCUUCAAAUGAUCAUUUAAAUCCACUAAAUGACAGACGCAACAGCACCACAAGCACAAUGAGUUCAGCUUAUACAGUCAGCCGUAGAUCAUCUGUUGUGUCACCAUAUCUAUCCAACCAGCGACCAGGUGAUGUUGGGAACAUGGUGGAUUCAUAUGACCAAAUGACCUCAGAUCCUUCAAGACAUUCCAAUACCACAGGGCUUCCAGGCCUAACUCCAGCACAGCAGUAUAGACUAAAAGCAAAAUAUGCUGCAGCUACUGGUGGUCCACCACCUACACCUCUUCCCAACAUGGAGAGAUUGAAUUCAAAUAAUCGGAUAGCUUAUCCUAUUGGUGACUGUCGAGGGCCAUCAAUUGCUUCGGUUUUAGGUAGCAAUACUCAAAGAAGGCAUAGUAAUAAUGAAUAUCAUACUUAUGGCACAGGAAUAAUUCACCCAGCCCAAGCUCCAGGGGCUGGAAUAAGGAGAGCCAGUGACCCUGCCAGACCUGGGGUUGAUCCUCAGGCAAUACCUAAAGUUCAACGUUUUAAGAGUAUGUCCAACAUGAAUACAGCCAUGAUGGGAAGACAAUUGAUUGGUCAACAACAACAUUAUGGAGGCUCUGAUGCAAAUCUACAGAGACAUAUAUUUUCACCCAGACCACCUAGCAUCAGUGAGAAUGUGUUUAUGGAGGUAACCAGCACAGAUGCACACACUCACAAUAAGGAACACAAUAUGAUGGUCCCUAAUGAAAUGCACCACUAUAUGAACUAUCAAGGAUCUCAAAUGGGUACUCCUAGUAGCCAGAUGAACCCAAGCCUUCAACUUCAUGGGUUAGAGGUUCAACCUCAAAAUGCUUACCCAAAUUCUCAGAGAGUAAUGGGUGGAAUGCAAAUAAAUCCACACAAUCAUUCUGGCCAUGACAGUGUUUUAGGACAUUCUGGUUUCAAUCAGUGCCAAAUGACAGCUCAGAGUGAGUCCUACCAGAAUCAAAGACAAAUGACCAAUAACUCAAAUUUACCUGUUCAGUGGCAUGAAGUAAGCUCUGCAUCAAUGGAUAUGGCUGCAGAACAAAGCCCAAACCUUCAGGUGAUACAGUCAAAUUUAUCACCAGGAAGUCACUGCCAUAGCCACUACUCCAAUCCAGAAUCAGCCAAGCGGGUUUCCCUUGCGAACAACAAUUCUUGUCAGCAGAGUAUGCAUGUAAAUAAUCCAAGGUACAACCACUUAGGCCAGGUGCAUAUCAAACCAGAACAACAGUUUCAUCAAUCCAUGUCAUCUAUGAUGUCCUGCCAGAACAUGAAGCAUCAGGCAGCUCAACAACAUGCUUUCAACCAGCCAAACACAAUGGCAAUGUCCCCUGGAAACACGAUCUGUGAUUACCAAGCCCAGCAAGACAACCAACAAAACACAUGCUACAAUGUUGGCCUUAACCCCAGUAUGUUAAGCCCUCAGGGGCGUAGGUCACAAACUCCCAUGAUACAAGUGAAAGAGAUGAUGGUAAGAAAUUAUGUUCAAUCCCAACAAGCACUAAUGUGGGAGCAACAGCCUAAAAAUAUUCCCAUGAUGAAUAACUCUGGGGAGGAUGUUGAUACUGGCCAGAAUCAGCACAAAAAUACACCUCAUGCCCAAUCAUACAUGAGCCCUAAAUAUAUUAAUUAUCAGGGCAAACAGACACAGAGCAAUUUAUUGAGUCCAAAUCCACAAGAUGGCCAGUCAAGCCAUACUAAAACAAUGAGGAGUCCUGGAAAUCAGUGUUACAGUCUAGAUAUGGUUCCUCAUCCACCCAGUGGUCCAAAACCAUUAAGCCGGCAGCACAGUAUAGCAAGCCAGUCAACAUACAUGGGUAGUCCACCUCAACUUAGCCCAUCUUACCAUUCAGCUGAAUCGAGUCCUAGAAGAAUGGUUACUCUGCCCCCCAUCCAUUCUCAGUCAGACAAUAAUGACACCACUAACAUGAUGUAUUACUCAGGGCAAGGUGAGAUGCAUCAUGUAAAAACAGGAACCCAAAAGUUUGCGCCACCACUAAACCAUCAAAUCAGCUGUGAUGGAAAUCAACAUGGACAGUACAAUUCUAACAUGAAUUUUAUGAAGACAGACUCCAUUCCAUACAGCAGCUCAUGCCCAGCUUCCAACCCUUUGGACAGUUUGGACUUGGAGAACACUCAGCUUGAUUUUACUGCCAUCAUAGAUGACCCUGACCACACAUCUCUAAUGUCAGAUAAUAUAACUCCAGCCGGCAUAUCAGGACCAUCUCAACCUCCUUCACACUUGAGCACACAACGGAAUCCAUCAUCCAUGGUUCCAAACAUGGCUGUGGCAGACCUGAACUCCAUGCUGUCUUCUCUAGCAGGCGAAAAUAAGUUCCUCAACAAUAUUUCUUGA